UUUUAAAUCCACUUCAUUAAAAUCUUUGAAAAGUUUUACACAUUUAGCGAGUUUCAAUUUUAUUAAAUCAAGUAACAUGAAUUUAAUAUUAAUUUUCUCAAUAAUUAUUAUAUUAUAUCAAUUUUCUAAUUCAAGCUGUUCCAGUAUGCUAACUGACGAUGAGUUGCCAUCUGAUAAAGAGUUACAAAUAGUUAUAAGUACUAGUGCAUGGAAAAAUUUAAAUGAAACUAUAUAUUAUUAUGAUCGUAAUGCAAAUGAAGAAACUUUCUCAGUAUGUUAUGUAGAACAUUUAGAUUUUGAUUGGAAAUACAAACAAAGUGGUAUCAUCUUAAAUUCACUUUAUGUCUGUCUUAUUGAACAACUCUAUAAAAAGUAUUCAAAAGCAGCAAAUCACUAUAAGAAUAAUUUAAUUAACCACAAAGACAAAUUAAAUGGAUUACAUGAAGUAUGGAGUAGUAUAACCAUGUUGGAACCUUUGUUAGACCAUAUGAUUAACGCUCUUAAGUUUUUUAAUUAUAAAGAAAAGGCUGUACUAAAUAAUCUUGGGAAAUUGAAAAAUUCAAUUAAUGAAAUCACCGUAAAAGAAAAACUUAGUGAAGAUGAAAUUAAUGAAAAAUUUGAAAAAAUAUUAGAGGUAGUAACAUUUGAAAAUAGUCUUAAAAAAUUUAAAGAUAAUCACAUUAUUGUGUACGAAAAUGCAACAGAAUUAAUUAUUACUAAUUUUAUUAAUUCCUUAUGUGGUGUUAGGAGUUAUAUAAUUUUAGAUGAGCAAUUUAUUAACCCUAACCAAGCAAAUAUUCAAGAAAUAAUUGAAAAUGGUAUCAAGGCUUUUUAUUUCGAUUUUGGAUUUGAAUAUAAAAUGUUGCAUCAGACAAAUCUUAGAAAUCUCGAGUCUAAAUAGUAUAAAGUGACAUAUCCCUAUGACUAAAAAAUAUUUGCGUUCUUUUUUUCGAGAAUGAAAAAUUAUUUGUUAAUUUAAAAUCUCAAUUUAUUUUUCUUUAAAUAAACCUUUUGUUUAAAUUUUUAUCUAUUUGAUAUAAUUAUUUGGAAUAUAUUUCUGAAGUUUAAUUUA